AUGCACAAUCGGUCCAAACCCUGGCUGGGUAGUACAGGCACCCAUUUGAUCCCCUCGAGGCCUUCUGUGUUCUCUAGUCUCUCUACAGAGAGGACUCGCUGCUCUGCCAUGUGGCUGCUGUGUGGCUUUGCUGUGCGGGCUCUGGCAUGGAUUGCUUUACUGGCAGAGUCUGAAUCUUUUUUCUUUCUCAGGUCUUGCAUCUUGGUGGGUAUGUGCUUAUCAGCUAGCGUUUAUCUGUGAAUUGUGGUAACCGUCUGAGACAGUCUGGCACACUGGAUGUUAGUGGUGGAGAAGAAGAGACAACUGCAUUACUUUAUUAACUCCCUGGUAUUCCAGCUUUCUGUCUGAGGCUUGUUCUUCCUACCCACACUGAGAACAUAAGAUGUUCCAUAGUCUGCAGGGGUAAAGCGUCAUUAUUUGCUCAUUUCUCCAGGACAAUGAAUAAUUAUAUAGUUAAAGUUGGAAAAAAAAAAAUCCAGGCUAGAUCUGGCCAGAGAUUGCCUGAAGCAAGCUUAUUAGGAAGGAAGCUCUGCCAGCAGCUUUUUGCAGCUGAGCAAGCUCUUCGGUCCUCACUGCGUCGAUGGCUCCAUUUCAGUCUUCCUCCACUUCCCUAUAGAUGUGUCUGGGCAGCAGAGCAGCUGUCCAGGCUCAAGUCAGGAUAACACCAUGGAACACACCCAAGAAUGCCAAGGGAACUGUGCACACCACCCCAAAAUAGGCUGGGCCCCGGGGGAUCUUCUCGGCUCCCAGACGCAUGAGAAACCUGCCUUGCAUAUAGCUGGAAUGUGGCUGAUGGACACAGCCCAGGGAUGAGACCCAGUGAAGCUGGCUAAAUUAAGUGGCAGAGCACGCUUGAUUCUUGAUAGCUCUGAUGCUCUGGGACCUCUCAGUUGGGUGUUUAAACUACAUACAUGAGGGUGACCUGGGUGCACCCUCCUUGCAGUGUGCCCUGCACCCCUUCAGCCGGAUGCUGGCAUUGCCCAGCAACUCCCAGUGCUACAAUCUGUGCUGGCAGUGGAGAUGGGCCACUUCCCAGAUCCCUGCUGCUGCUCUCCCAGCACCCGGGAUUUCCGCGGAGGUGUUCCCGCAAGGUUGUCCAAGCCAAGGCUGCGAGAUACAGCUGGUACCAGAGCCUGGAGGCAGCUAGGGUUUCACACGAGCUGGUCUUCAGUCCUGUUUACAGGGGAAUUGACUGAAUUUCCUUUGUUAAUGUUUGAUCAGGACCUGCCUGUUGCUCUCUGAACUCAUCCCUGUAAUAAAGCUGUGAAGCAAUCUGCACUUUCUGUAGCUGGAAAGCAAUUGCAGAGUGUUUGAUUUGGGCCCGAGGCUCCAGUUCAGCCCAAAACUCAAACAAAUGGCACAGAGCGCGUGUAGCCACAGGGGCUAGCUCGGCACAGACACCCUCCUGUCUCUCAGCCCAUCUGCCGGGUGAUUAGUUUAUGAUCAUGACUGUAAAUCUAGGAAUGCCAGUCUAUCCAGGCAAGGCUCUGCAGAGCAAAGUGACAAAACGGAUCAAAUAUCACCUGACCCCAGAGCCAUGAAUGAAAGAGAUAAAGGGGACUGGAGGAAGAGGUAACCAAAGGAAGAGAGCAGGAGACAACGCAGCCUUCUACCUUGUAUCACCGAAACUAGCAUCCCAUCGAUGUGUGUCAUCUCCCUGGACCCAGAGUCCUCCUCUAUGUCCUCCUAAUGUCAUUUCAUGGGUGAGCUCUGAACCAACAUAAACCAAAUGCACACCGUGCAACCCCUGCUGUGAGAUACAGCGUUCAGAUGCACCCUCAGCUCUCUCUAUAGCAUGGCAGAAGCCAACUCCUGCUCCCAUUUCAGAUUUCCCUGGUUACUCAUCGGAGAACACCACGGACCCUAGCCACUUGCCCACAGAAGGGGAAGAUGGUGCUCAGCCUGCCCAGACUCGGUCUGCAAGUCGUUUCCAGCACCGCUGUGUGCAAAAGCACCAACCUCAGAUCUGGCUUUGAGAACAUGGCCACGUCAGUGAGGACAUUCCCAGUUGCCCUGUGGACACGAACGCCUGCUUCCUGGCUGGUGGGGAACACCACCACUGUGGCAGAAGCAAAGUGCGUGUUCAAUGAGGAGUUCAAGUUCAUCCUGCUGCCUAUCUCCUACGCAUUCGUGUUUGUGGUGGGGCUGCCGCUCAAUUCUUGGGCCUUGUGGAUAUUUGUCUCCAGGAUGAGGCCAUGGAACGCCACCAUGACCUACAUGUUUAACCUGGCCAUCUCCGACACGCUCUACGUGCUCUCUCUCCCCACCUUGGUCUAUUACUAUGCUGAUCGCAACAACUGGCCCUUUGGGGAAUGGCUCUGCAAGAUAGUGCGCUUCCUUUUCUAUGCGAAUCUCUACAGCAGCAUCCUUUUCCUCACGUGUAUCAGUGUCCACCGCUACGUGGGCAUCUGUCACCCUAUCCGCUCCCUGAAGUGGGUGAAAACCAAGCAUGCGCGCCUCAUUUGUGUGGGUGUGUGGUUCGUCGUCACUAUCUGCCUCAUCCCCAACCUCGUGUUUGUCACCAUCAGCUCCAGGUACAACAGCACCCUUUGCCAUGACACCACCAAGCCCGAGGAAUUCGAUCAUUAUGUGCACUACAGCUCCUCUGUCAUGGCCCUCCUCUUCGGGGUGCCCUUCCUGGUGAUUGUCCUGUGCUACUGCCUGAUGGCCAAGAAGCUUUGCAAAUCCAGCUUCUCUAGCCCUGGCAUCCGAAUGCCUUCCUACAAGAAGCGCUCCAUCAAGAUGAUUAUCAUUGUGCUCACUGUCUUUGCAGUCUGCUUUGUGCCUUUCCACAUCACCCGGACCCUCUACUACACCUCCCGCUACUUCCAGGCGGACUGCCAGACCCUCAACAUCAUCAACUUCACCUACAAGAUCACACGUCCCCUGGCCAGCAUCAACAGCUGCCUCGACCCCAUCUUGUACUUCAUGGCUGGGGACAAGUACCGGGGCAGGCUGCGCCGGGGGGCAGCCCAGCGGCCCCGGCCUGGGCCCCAGUCUGCUUUGGCCCUGGUGUCCCCCUCCAGGGAUGAGGCCGUGGGCAGCAGCCAUGCCACCGGUUACCGCAUCAGUGACACCUGAGGGAUGGGGGCAACAUGGAGGCAGGAGGAGGGCGUUGAGAGCUUGCCAAGGGGGAGCUGGUGGCAAUGUGGUGUUGGUGUUAUCCCUAGUCUCUGCGAGUUACACCCUCCUGAUGCUCUGGCAUCAUCUACAAGCCUGAACCAUUUCUCCUGGCCCUGCCCCUGUCCCUGUCCCUGCCCAGGCUCAGGCUCAGGCUCAGGCUCAGGCUCAGGCUCCACCUUAGAGCCGGGACCAGAGCAGAGACCUACACGCUACAGGUCUGGGAGAGGGAGGAGAUGACUGCAGUGAUGUGCAGAAGACAGAACUGGACUAGAUGAGGCGCUCUCAUAGCAUUUUGAGCGCAGUGGACGAGUGGGCUCUAAAGCUAGGCGAUGCUGAGAUCCCCCUUCCCACCAGGUCCCAGGGCCUGCAGACCUGGCUGAUGCCCCGCGCCCAGGAUCUUGCCUGAGCGUCACCUGAAUGCUACGUGCACAGAGGAAAGGGAAGCACAGGCUGAACCGUCCAUCUGUCCAUGCUCCUUUUGCAGGACAAAUCUUUCUGUAGAUGAACCACUUGCCUUGCUUCCCUCAGUGCCCCAGGAGCAGCAUGUGGGAGCUGGCCCACCAAGGCCAGCCAUGCGAGCGGGGCCCUGCCACCAUAGCAGGCAGGAAGGGCAUGGGACAGGGAUGCUUAAGGAGAGGAUGCCCAGCUGACAGCUGCAGCAUCCUGCAUGCGUUAGUCUGUUAGAGAUGUUCCUGUCACAAUAUUGUCCUUGAGUGAGGCAAGGGAGUGACCCACCGCGGGGCUUGUGAUCCCUCCAGAACCACCGUCCCCGGGCCCGGCUCGGGCAACGGUGGGGAAGGGCUCAUUGCUAACCAGCCCACAAAUAAAGUGUAUUUUCUUUCUCUAAGUCCAGGCCUAUUUCUCCCAAUAUCAGAAGAAAGAGAUAUCAGGUGGUCAUAUCUGACCACUUACGAGGGGAUAUCACAGGAAAGGGGGAGCCCAACACAGAGAGCAUUCACUCCUUCUCCUCCCUCUCCCAUGUAGUACGCCCCAUUAUUUAAGUGAUCUUUAAAUGAUAUUAAAAAUCUCUUUGAUCCUCAAAGAGCCCCUGGUACAGGCUCCCCUCACUCGCUCACAGCCUGGGCCAGCAGAGAUCCAUCUUUCAGAUUGCACAUGUCUUGCUGGGAACGGGUCAGGCCUCAGAAGGUGUUUCUGAGCACAGAGGAAAGCUUUCUUCAGCUUUCUUCCUGCUUGUAGCAUGGCCUCAUCUGACACCAACACUGACAGGGGCUCGUGUGGCACGUUAACAUUAGUGUUUCUACGAAUUUCGGGAGCAAGGCGGCUGGAGCGGUGAAAUACCGAGGUGACUAGCGAUGGGAGGUUAAUAAGUCCUCAGGAAUCUGUUCUUUAUGGGUGUUUGCUUUCUAAAUGUUUACCCAGAUCUCCUGUUUAACUGAGUGCUGCGUAAAGAAGAGCAGGCCAGAGAUGAUUAUCACCAUUAUUGACUUUCCCACACUAGCCCAUUAAGGAUGUCAUGUCCCACUUCCUACCACCCGCUGGGGGCAGGAAUAGGGCAAGACUUGGCCGCUGUCCCUGCCAGCGAGGCCAAGGAAGAGGCUGCUCCCCAGUGCCACCUGUAAAGGCACCGGGGGGGUCACGGCCCCUCCCCCCCGAAGGACAAGCUUCAGCUGCACCAGGCCCUGCUGCUUUGGAUUAGGGCAUGCAUUUUGGGUAAUUGCCCACGAGGCAAAGAAAAGGAGGCAUCUUUCAGCCCCAGGUGCUCCCACAGCUGAGCCACACUCACAGGAGCGGCUCUCGGCCAGCCCCAGCCACGGAGAGAGCAGGUAGCAUCCCCCGUCCCUCCCUGUGGCCAUCACGGCAGCAGCAGCCAGACCCAGAAAGCCCCUCACUCACGGCUCAGUGUGCAGAGCAGAGAAAUGAGAAACAGCCCAGCAGCACCGCCAGCUCGCUGCCCUCCCCUCCCCUUACCCACUGCCUGGCCCGGGUGGGACCAGAGCCACUCGAUUGCUUAAAGGUGCAAGUGCCCUGGCCAAACCCUGUGCCCCAGCGCAGCCUCAAGCCCUGCAAAUGGGCCAGGAGC